GCUGGACUUCCCUGAUUUAGAGCAAGCGAGGCAAGCACAACACCAAGUUGUAACUUCUCAUGCCAGCAAAGCUGAAGUAGCCGUGAAAGCUUCAUCUGCUUCUCCUGAAACAACAACAACUCCUAUGGCUUCUUCAGCAGGAGAAGGGAAAAAGAAGAAGAAAAACAAGGUUAAGAGUAAGGGAGGAGAAAAUGAGAAAAGCGGUGUUCUUGUAGUGGAAGAGCAACCAGGACUCGAUGCUAGAGCAGAUACCUCCCAUGCAGGAAAAGAUGCUUCGCCUACCGUCGAAGUAGAAGAAUCUUCGCGUGCUCUGCCUGUGGAGAACGAUAAGGCAGAUGCGGUUGAAGAGGACCCGCUGGUAGAUCAGGACUUGGCUAACAUGACUCAGAAAUCACUAGUUCUCAAGGAAACGCAAGAAGAGGACGAACAACAAAAACCACCACAAGGCAAGAAACCAGACGCAGUUCCAUCAUGUUCACCUUCAACAGGUACUACUAGAGACGAACACGAAGACAAAACCGAAUCCGCUUUCGAAGCCUACGUCCAAAACUCUGCUCUCACUCCUCAGCAGGUGCAAGAAAUCGCGCAAGUUGCUCAGAGUUUAGACGCUUUCAUUCUCCACGUUUUGGAUCAGUACUUUGUGGAUGAGUGGCUCUCACAAGGAAGAAGCAUCUUUCGAGACCCGGAAGACACUGGUGUGGCUGAGAAACUCUUUGCGAAUCGUGUGCGACUAACCAGGCUAUCAAACUACAGAGCCGCGAUGGAGGAUGACUUUCAAAAGAGUUUCAGUGCUGAAGAUUUACAUUCACCAUUUUUGUUGCUAGGUGGUGAUGGUGUUGCUGCUGCUGGUGUUAAUGGAG